AACUCAUCUAUAUCUUCUCCAUCUCAAUUCACAAAUCUUUUAUAGUACUUCGUUUCAAUCGCGGUUUGUUUAUGUGGAAUUGCGGAUUCCGUUUCUAGUAUUAGGGUUUUUGUUUAAUGGGUGUCGAGGGAGAGUCAACUCAAACGGGUGUCUCCACCGUUGACGGUGGCGAUGCAGAAAUCGCCCUCAACAUCCGAUGCUCUAACGGCAAUAAGUUCUCGGUGCGAGCGAGCCUCGGAUCAACCGUCGUCGAUUUCAAAGAUCUCUUGGCUCAAAACUGCGAUGUCCCUGCCAAUCAACAGAGGUUGAUUUAUAAAGGAAGAAUCCUCAAGGAUGAUCAAACCCUAGAUAGUUACGGCCUGCAGGCAGAUCAUACAAUUCACAUGGUGCGUGGUUCUGCUCCUGCUCCAGCUGAUGCUCCUCCUGCCAUUGGAAACCCUAAUACUCCAUCACUUGGUUCUCAAGGUGGUGUUCCCAAUGAAGGGCUGGGCUUAGGAGGUCCUGGCUCAGGUGCACCCCUAUUUCCUGGCCUUGGUUUUGGUGGACUUGGUGGCUCUGGUGCACCCUUUGGGUCUGGACUACCUGAAUUUGAACAAGUUCAGCAACAACUAACCCAAAACCCAAACAUGAUGAGAGACAUGAUGAACAUGCCAGCUGUUCAAAACAUCUUAAACAACCCUGAAAUCAUGCGUGGAAUGAUCAUGAGCAACCCUCAGAUGCGUGAAAUCAUUGACAGAAACCCUGAGCUUGCUCAUAUCCUGAACGACCCUGCAAUUUUAAGACAGACACUUGAAGCUGCAAGGAACCCUGAACUUAUGCGUGAGAUGAUGCGUAACACUGAUAGGGCCAUGAGUAACAUUGAAUCAUCUCCUGAAGGCUUCAACAUGCUUAGACGUAUGUAUGAAAAUGUUCAAGAACCUUUCUUGAAUGCCACAACAACUGGUGGAACCACAAAUGAUCCCGGGUCUAACCCGUUUGCAGCCUUACUUGGGAACCAGGGUCCUGCUGUUAAUGUUAACAACAACAACAACAACAACCCUGAAACAACUCCAGGCUCUGCAGCUCCUAAUUCUAACCCACUUCCUAACCCUUGGGGUGCCCCUGCUGGUGGUGUUCAGCCAACAAGGGCACCGAAUGUAUCUGGGUUAGGUGGUCUUGGUUUACCAGGGGCAGACAGGACAGGUGGCAUGCCGGACAUGAGCCAGCUGUUGCAGAAUCCAGCUGUUUCUCAGAUGAUGCAAAGCUUGCUUUCAAAUCCCCAGUAUAUGGAGCAGAUUGUGAGUCAAAACCCUCAACUUCGCAGUAUGUUCGAUUCUAACCCUCAGUUGAGGGAGAUGAUGCAGAAUCCAGAGGUGCUUCGUCAGUUAACUUCACCUCAAAUGAUGCAGCAAAUGAUGUCUUUACAGCAGCUUCUACCUCAGCUUAAUCAACCACAAUCAACUUUGAAUCCUACUCAGACUGGUGCUUCUCCAGGAUCACAAAACAAUAUGGGAUUAGACAUGUUGAUGAGUAUGUUUGGUGGACUUGGAGCUGGUGGCAUGGGAGUCCCAAAUGUUCCUGAUGUGGCACCAGAGCAACUUUAUGCAACUCAACUGUCUCAACUUCAGGAGAUGGGGUUCUUUGAUGUGCAAGAGAAUAUUAGGGCUUUACGUGCUACUUCGGGCAAUGUUCAUGCUGCUAACCAAGAUCAAUUCCGUCAACGCACAUGUUUUAACGGCAAAUUAACGAACGCCUUUCCAAUCCACACGCCAAACCUUCCUUCUCUGCCACUUUACAGACCCAAUUUCUCUGCUUUCCAAUCCUCCAUUGCUCUCAAGAAAAUUGGAGUGCAAAAUCUGGGUUUCCAAAGUAGGCUUUUUGAGAUUUGA